ACUCUCCGUUACUCCGUCAUUGAUGUCUAUUAUUGAAAUACAAAACUUAAUAAGUCUAUGUUUGAAAAAGAAGGCAAAGUUGAAAAAAAGUGAAAUUAUUUUCACCGUUUAGUCUUGUUAUGAAAAAAUCCCUAAGAAAAAGUCCAAUUCAAUAAGAAUCUGGAACUAGUCUGAACUUAUUUGCUCCGAUUGCUAUUCCUGAUUCCUGACUCCACGAUCUAGUCUCCGUCAUCUUCCUUUCGCAUAUUUCUCAACACCGAAUCAUUUUCGGUAAUUUUUUCCCCUCCUUUUUGUUGUUUCCUUUCGGAACAAUAUUAAAUUAAUCUUCUGACUCUCGAAGUUCGCUUGAAAUACCGUCUACGUCGCUGAUAUCAAUUGCCUCGCUUUGCUGGAUUGUAAAUCGUAAAAGAAAUACUGGAUCUUGAUUCUAUUUUUAUCUUUUGGAAUUCUCGAUCCUCUGAAAAAAGAGAUCGGAUUCCAAGCAGAAUAUUGCAAAUAUUUUAUUCUGGAAAGACUGAGGAACUUGAAUCUACCACGUUCUCCUUCAAAUCUUCACGGGUUUUGAAAUAAUAUUGUGAUAAUUAUAAAAUCAAGCUAUAUUUGCCGAUAGGCACUAACUCUUUGUGUGUUAAAGCUUAUAACUUUUUUUUAUAAUUUGUGUAGUGUGUAUUUUAUUUCUUUGAUUUUUUUACAAGUAGAAAAAAAUGGCUGAACAAAAGAAGCAGGCUAGUUUUACCAAGGUCGAACAGCUUCUCCCCUCGAAAACUGGGCUGAACUUAACUGUGAAGGUUGUGAGUUCAAAGCUGAUUUCCCAGAGAGGCAGGACGCAGAGUCGUGUUGCUGAGUGUUUGGUGGGAGAUGAGACUGGAAUGGUUGUCUUCCUUGCUAGAAAUGAUCAAGUGGACUUGAUGCAAGAGGGUACAACCGUGGUGCUCACGAAUGCAAGAGUUGACAUGUACAAGGGAUCUAUGAGGCUCAUGGUGGAUCGCUAUGGCCGUGCUGAAGUGACUGAUGCUGCAAGUUUUUCUGUGCAGAAAGAUAAUAAUUUAUCCUUGAUUGAAUUUGAACGGGUGCAAGUUGGUGUCUGACCCCGCCCUUGAUUGUGUUGAAAACAUCAACAGAGACAAACAGACGUUUAAUGUUUUUACAUGGGUACAUUAGUACUAAAUUUAUUGUUGCACGUUUGAAACUCAUUUAAGCUCCUGUAGAAAUUUGAUAUUGUGUUAUGAAGCUUCUUCAAAAAUAUUUUGGAAGUAAGAUGAAAUGACUAAUGAGUAGAGUCGAGUGCUCUUUGUUUGAGUUUCGUAUUUGAAUAUAUUUUACUCCCUACCUUUUGUUUAA